AUGAAAUGGCACCCAGAUAAACACUUAGAUGAAAACGAUAAAAAAGCAGCGGAAGAAAAAUUUAAGAUUAUUUCUGAAGCUUAUGAUGUUUUGUCUGACCCUGAUAAAAAAAGAACGUACGAUUUGUAUGGUGAAGAAGGAGUUAAGGAACAUAUGUCUGGUGACGAUAUGAAUUUUUUUAAUGCAGGAAUGGAUCCAGCUGAUUUAUUCAAUAAAUUUUUUGGUUCCAGUAAAAACUUCUCGUUUACAUCGGUUUUCGAUGACGACUUCCCGUCAUUUUCCUCCUUUGUCCAUAACAUGGGUAAUAUGCAUGGCCAACCUUCGGGUACUUCAGCAGGCAAAAGGAGCGAUAGCUAUAAAUCCGAAUCUUACGAAGUAAGUCUUCUACUGUCACUGGAAGAACUGUAUAACGGAUGCAAAAAGAAGCUUAAAAUUACGCGAAAAAGGUUUAAUGGAAUUCAGAGCUACGAUGACGAUAAAUUGGUAACGAUCGAUGUACAAGCGGGAUGGAAUGAUGGAACGACCAUUACGUUUUAUGGUGAAGGUGACCAGUCAUCUCCUCUGUUAGAACCAGGUGAUUUAAUUUUUAAAGUAGAGACAAAAGAACACGAUCGAUUUGAGAGGGAAGGAAAUAAUUUGGUAUAUAAGUGUCAUGUGCCUCUGGACAAAGCCUUAACAGGUUUCCAGUUUACAGUAAAAUCAUUAGAUAACAGAGAAAUCAAUAUAAGAGUAGAUGAUAUUGUUACACCUAAUUCUAGGAGAAUGAUUCCAAAGGAAGGAAUGCCUUAUUCAAAAAAUCCAUCCAAACGUGGAGAUCUAAUAAUUGAAUUCGAGGUUAUAUUUCCCAAAAGCUUGACUAGUGAAAGAAAGAAAGUACUAAGAGAGGUUUUAGCUAAUACCUUUUAA